AUGAAGAGGAAGCUGGCACCCUCCGAGAUGCAGUUGGUUCUGCUCGUUUUAUUGGUGUGGCUACCAGCAAGAUCAGUGCUGGCUGACUCCCUGGAAGAUGAAGCUAAGAAUAACAUCACCAUCUUUACAAGAAUUCUAGACAGACUUCUGGAUGGUUAUGAUAAUCGUCUCAGACCUGGAUUAGGAGAUAGUAUUACUGAAGUCUUCACUAACAUCUAUGUGACCAGUUUUGGACCUGUUUCAGAUACUGAUAUGGAAUACACAAUAGAUGUUUUCUUCCGUCAGCGGUGGAAGGAUGAGAGAUUAAAGUUUAAGGGCCCCAUGAACAUUCUCCGAUUGAACAAUUUAAUGGCCAGCAAAAUCUGGACCCCAGAUACAUUUUUUCACAAUGGGAAAAAGUCAGUGGCUCACAACAUGACAAUGCCAAACAAGCUUCUCCGAAUCCAAGAUGAUGGCACUCUCUUGUACACCAUGAGGCUUACAGUCCAAGCUGAAUGUCCAAUGCACUUGGAGGACUUCCCUAUGGAUGCUCACUCAUGCCCACUGAAAUUUGGCAGCUAUGCCUACACAACUUCAGAAGUGACAUACAUUUGGACUUACAAUGCUUCAGAUUCGGUGCAGGUGGCACCAGAUGGCUCAAGAUUGAAUCAGUAUGAUCUUUUAGGCCAAACAAUUGGAAAAGAGACAGUUAAAUCGAGUACAGGUGAAUAUACAGUAAUGACAGCUCAUUUUCACCUGAAGAGAAAAAUUGGAUAUUUUGUCAUCCAGACUUACCUCCCCUGUAUCAUGACUGUCAUUCUCUCUCAAGUGUCAUUCUGGCUGAACAGAGAAUCUGUACCUGCCAGGACAGUCUUUGGAGUCACCACUGUGCUGACAAUGACAACGCUGAGCAUCAGCGCUCGGAAUUCCCUCCCCAAAGUAGCCUACGCGACGGCCAUGGAUUGGUUCAUUGCUGUUUGUUAUGCCUUUGUGUUCUCUGCACUCAUUGAAUUUGCAACUGUAAAUUAUUUCACAAAGCGAGGAUGGGCCUGGGAUGGAAAGAGUGUAGUGAAUGAUAAGAAAAAAGAAAAAGCAUCUGUCAUUAAGAAAAACAAUGCCUAUGCAGUGGCUGUUGCCAACUAUGCUCCAAAUAUUACCAAGGACUCAGUGCUACCAACCAUCUCCAAGAGUGCUACAACUGCAGAACCCAACAAGGCAAAACCAGAGGCGAAGCCACAGGAAGCAAAGAAGACAUUCAACAGCGUUAGCAAAAUUGACAGAAUGUCUAGAAUAGUGUUUCCAGUCUUAUUUGGUACUUUCAAUUUAGUGUAUUGGGCAACAUAUUUAAACAGGGAGCCCGUCUUACUUGGCUUUGCACCAUCAACCUAA